CCCCCCGAGGGGGCGUGGCCUGGCGGCGGGCUGACACCAACAUGGCGGCGGGCGGCGGGCGGCGGCGCGGGGGGACCGGGAGUAACACCGGGACCGGGAGCAGCACCGGGACCGGCCGCAGCUCGGCAGCGUCGCCGCCUCCUCUCCUCCCCCCCCUCCUCCUCCUCCUCGCCCUCCCCGGUGGCAGCGCGGUGGGCGGCGGGGACAGCGUGAUCCUGGGCAUGAGGUUGGAGGAGAGCACCAAACCGGCGGCUCCAACGCGAGGCCCGAUCCGUGUGACCGAGGGCAGCGAGCUGCUGCUCCGCCUCUACGGCUUCGGGCUGGGACCGGGCACCGGGCAGCGAGUGGCCUUCGCCGAGCUGAGACCGGUCGGUAACGCCUCCAUCCACAACGGGACGUGCCCGGAGCGCUCGCAGGAUCUGGUGGUUCAAGGCCUGGUGGGCACCGAACAAACCGGGGGAGACACGGGGGGAGACACCGGGGGCACCGAGGACACGUCGGCGUUGCUUCGUGUCCGGGUUCAGCCCCUACGGAAGGACGAACAGGCCAAGACCUACGUGCUGUGCACGCAGCGCCGGCCCGGGCUGCCAUGGCUGCUGCACCGAGGAGCCGACGGCCACAUCGUGGUGGUGGAGGAGAAGAAAUCGCUGCUGCCCCUUUGGCUGCAGGUGAUUCUGAUCGUGGGGUUGUUGGUUCUGUCGGGGAUUUUCAGCGGGCUCAAUUUGGGGUUGAUGGCGUUGGACCCCAUGGAGCUGCGCAUCGUACAGAACUGCGGCACCGACAAAGAGAAACGAUACGCCAGGAAGAUCGAACCCAUCCGGAGGAAAGGGAAUUACCUGCUGUGUUCAUUGCUGCUGGGUAAUGUAUUGGUUAAUACCACCCUCACCAUCCUCCUGGACGAUCUCAUCGGGUCCGGGAUCGGAGCCGUGGCGGCUUCUACCAUCGGGAUCGUGAUCUUUGGGGAGAUCGUCCCCCAGGCGCUUUGUUCACGUCACGGUUUGGCCGUCGGAGCCAACACCAUCGUGCUCACCAAGAUCUUCAUGCUGGUCACGUUCCCCCUUUCGUACCCCAUUAGUAAACUGCUGGAUUUCAUCCUUGGCCAAGAGAUCGGCACCGUGUACAACAGGGAGAAGCUGGUGGAGAUGCUGAAGGUGACGGAGCCUUAUAAUGAUUUAGUGAGGGAGGAGCUGAAUAUGAUCCAAGGGGCUUUGGAACUGCGCACCAAAACAGUGGAGGAUGUGAUGACCCCAUUGAGGAACUGCUUCAUGAUCAGCAGCGACGCCAUCCUGGACUUCAACACUAUGUCUGAGAUCAUGGAGAGCGGCUACACCCGCAUCCCCGUCUAUGAGGAGGACCGAUCCAACAUCGUGGACCUGCUCUUUGUCAAGGACCUGGCCUUUGUUGACCCCGAUGACUGCACCCCGCUGAAGACCAUCACCCGCUUCUACAACCACCCGCUGCACUUUGUCUUCAAUGACACCAAGCUGGACGCCAUGCUGGAGGAGUUCAAGAAGGGCAAGUCUCACCUGGCUAUAGUACAAAGAGUAAACAAUGAAGGAGAAGGGGAUCCUUUUUAUGAAGUCCUGGGAAUUGUCACUUUAGAAGAUGUGAUUGAAGAGAUCAUCAAGUCAGAGAUCCUGGAUGAGACGGAUGCUUUUGCAGCCGAAGAAAAUCGCAGCAAGAAGAGGACGGGCAACCAGAAAGGCAAGAGGGAUUUCUCAGCCUUCAAGGACCCCGUCAAUGAGCAGAAGGUGAAGGUGUCCCCACAGCUGCUGCUGGCUGCUCACCGCUUCCUCUCCACGGAGGUGACGCUCUUCACACCCAACUUCAUCUCCGAGAAGAUCCUGCUGAGGCUGCUCAAAUACUCCGACGUCAUCCAGGAGCUCAAGUUUGAUGAGGAGAACAAAAGGUCCCCGCAUCACUUCCUCUACACCAAGAACAAGGCGGCCGACUACUUCAUCCUCAUCCUGCAGGGCAAGGUGGAGGUGGAGGCUGGCAAGGAGUGCAUGAAGUUUGAAGCAGGAGCCUUCUCCUACUAUGGGGUGAUGGCCAUCAGCCCCCCUCCUGUUUCAGAGACCCGCUCCCCAUCCCACGUCAGCGGCCUGAACCGCUCGGCUUCUCUUUGCCACGAACGCUCCGACUCCGUUUCAUCCCCCGUCGGCGGCAGCAACAACCAGCUCAGCCCCGCGGCUCCGUACGUGGCCGACUUCAGCGUCCGCGCUCUCACUGACCUGCAGUUCGUUAAGAUCACGAGGCAGGAGUAUCAGAACGGCCUGACCACGUCCCGCAUGGACAGUUGUCCCCAGUCUCCGGACAGCGGAUCUCCCAAACCCGAUGGACCAGAGAAAACGGAGCCGGCGGAUGAAACCACGAGUCUGUUGAACGAGAGGAACUGCCUGGGCCGCCGCAGCACCCACGGCCCCAUCGAGAACUCCAUGUGAGCCGCCCGUGGGUCGGGGCCGAGCUCCGCAUACGGUUCCAAUGGGAGCAGCCACGAUGAUGAUGGAGGAGGGACAAGGCCCAGGACGGGCCGGCAGGACGCGGAGCCGGAGGGUCCCCAUGUGUGUGAGGCUGAAUCCUCCGCUCGCUGCAGCUCAGGGAGUUCAGGUCCCGCAGGCCGGGGCCUCCUCCUGCCCUCAGACCCAGCGCCGCCAUCUUUGCUUCCUUCUUCCCCCUCCAUCAUCCACCUCCACCCCUCCCCAGCCGCCCCCCCCCCAAACAUGAUGGAAGCGAAUUGAGGAGGGGGGGGGUGUCGAUGUGACUCAGGGAAGUGCUGCAGCCCCGGGGUGGGGGCUCGGGGGGGGCACAAAGCUCACACAGCUCGAGACCAAAGGACGGCAAUG